AUGAUCCCUCAAUCCUCUGUCCCAUCAAGUCUAUCGCAACCACAAGGUGUUAGCCAGGACCCAUCGUCCUGUUAUCGCAAGCGCCCGGGUGAAAACGGCAAAGACAACAUGGCGGCACCACCAUCACCACCAUCGACGAAGCCCAUGAUGGGAGGCGGAAUCGCCAUCUUUCCUCUCGAGAAGCAGACACAGAUUUCUGUGGUCGCGGUUUCCAUCGCUUUUAUUGUCCUGCCGACGACAAUGGUCAUCCUGCGCCUCAUUUCUAAACGUUUGACGCACAGAGGCGUGGAUGCUAGCGAUUACUGCAUCGUCGCCGCAUGUUUUUUUUCCAACUCUCUUCAGGCCAUCUCUAUCGUCAGCGUCGUACAGUGUGGCGUCGGCUUACACAACUUUGAGAUCAUACCAAAGUUCGGAUAUGGGCCCAUCGUCAAAUUCCUCAAGGUCCUUGUUGCCCAACAGCUUCUCUGGGCCAUCAGCCUCAGCCUCUGCAAGAUCGCCAUCCUGUUAUUGUACGCCAGAAUAUUUACCACGCGCGGCAUGGUACUGUUCACGAGGACGGUGGCUGGCUUCAUCAUGAUGUGGACCGUCGUAGUCAUCUCGAUCGCCUUCUUCAUCUGCCGCCCGCUGUCGGAUCACUGGUCGCUCGACCUCAAAAACAGAAGCUGCGGUAACCAAACUGCGGCUGACAGUACCAUGGGGUUUUUGAACAUAAUUACCGACGUGGCCGUCCUCCUUAUGCCCGUUUCGCGUUUGUGGCGGCUGCGUAUUGAAAUUUACAAGAAGAUGGCCCUCGUUGUGGCUUUCUCUCUAGGAAUACUCACAUGCAUCGCAUCGGCUUUACGGCUAUACUACCUUGCCAAACUGGAAUACUUCGACGUGACUUUCAACAUCCCGAACGCCCUCAUCUUCAGCGCCCUCGAGCCCGGCGUCGGCAUUACGCUCGCGUGCAUCCCGUUUCUCCGUCCUCUGCUAGAUCGCUCACGGUAUUCGUCGAACGGUACGGCGGGCUACUGCAGCUCUAAUGGGAAUUCGAAGAGAUUAGCGAGUGAUGGGCGCCAAAGCAACGGCUUUGUUCUUGUCGAAGAGAACUCAGUUCAACUCCAGCUGCAAUAGUUUGAGCACGGCGACAACAUGUCUUUUCCAAGCAAAUUCGGCAGAAAAAGCAGCGAACGAGACAGUUGUUAGAAUAAUGGCGUAAAUGAUAAAAAUCUAUACGUAAUAUAUUAUCAGGCAAUAAGGGCGAUAUACGAAAUAAUGGGAACAGUGUCACCUAGAUAAGAACCGUAGCGAUGAUUUGCGAACGUCUGGAAAACAUGAAUAUGUAGCAGAAGUUAAGAGCGCCGUUGUUUCAAUCAAUAGUG